CAUAUACAGUGAAAGAGUUUCCACGUUCCAAAUGAUCUUGAAACUUGAAACAUUUGAACUGAAAGUCCAAAAAUCUCCUUCAUGCAAGCGUUGGAUCUGAUCACAAUCUGUGAAUUCAUCCCUUGCAGCCUCUUCGCUGUUCAAUUCAAGCGAAGAUUUGGUCCUUUUUAGUGCAAUUCUGGAACCCUAAUUCUGUUGGAAGCUCAUCACAAUCUUCCCACGUACCACAGGAAUUUUAAAUGGAAGACGGGACAACGAUUGAAAGGGAAGUCUCUAAUGAUCACACUGUGGAAAUUGCUGCGGAUGAAGCGUCGUCAAAGAUUUCUCAGCUGAAAGAAAGGAUCACUGAUCUUGAAAACGAGAAUGGUACAAUCAUUCGGGAAAAUAAGGAAUAUAAACAGAAAAUUGAGGAGUUGAAAUCCUCUGUCAGAGAUUUAAGCGCUGAGAAUGUGGACUUGAAAAAGCAGGUGAACAAAGUGCAGUCAGAAAAUAAGGCCUCACAGGUUGUGGUAGCUCGAGCUGCAAACCUUGAAACCGAGGUGUCAAGGCUGCAACAUGACUUGGCAGCUGCGAUGAGUGAUUUGAAAGAGUCAUCUGAGGAAUUGUCGGACUUGAAGAGGGAUUUGGUGGGGAUGAAAGUUAGGGAGAAGGAGAAAGAUGUUAAGUUGGGGGCCGUUGAGAUGGAGAAAGCCUUGUUGGUGGCUAAAGUUGAGAAGUUGGCUGGGGGGGAGAGUAGUUUGAGGGAUGAAUUACAGGUGAAGGAAAAGGAAAUCCGAGGUUUAAAGAAGAAUGUUGAGGAGUUGGAAGUAGUGGUGGGGAGUAGUAAGAAUUCGGAGAAGUUGAAGAACGAGUUGGAGAAGACGAUUGAGAAAAUGAAAGCUGAAAUUAGUGUUCUAGAGCAUAGUUUGGAUGAAAAAGAGAAGGUGAUUAGUGGGCAAGAAUGGGUAGGAAACUCUCAAUCUAUCGGCUUUACAGAACGCCCCUCUCCACUUUUGGACGCUGAUCUGGAAUGUGGUGGAAAUCUUGGAAGAGAGAGGCCUUCUCUAUCCCACACCACCGCUGCAAUCCACCGUACUGACCUCCCUCCUCUCAGUGUCUACUGUGGCUUUUCGACCCUACCUCCGAGACUCUCCACCUUGAGCCACGGGAGGCCCCAACUCGACCCCGUCUCCCUGGACAGGAAUAUCUGCCUAGAGCAUUCUGGGAAGUCCGUCUACGCCGUCUUCUGUCAAGAUUUUAAGCAAUUACCAUUGGUGGAAAGACGUGAAGCUGCUGGAUUUCCUGAGGGAUGUCGGAGAAUUCGCGAGGCUUGCCGAGCAGGUAACCCGUUUCGUCCAUUGGAAGAGGGAUUGCAUGGAGCGCUCAAGGCUACGCAUGUCUUGAGGCCUGGUCAUGCUAAAGUUGGCUUAAUUGGAAAACCAGAAACUAUUGGAGAAGAUGUUCCUCACUUUUCUCUGCGGCAAGAUCAGGUGUUUGAACCUUUCUCGUUUGGAUCUCUCAGAUCUCUCUCGGUCUGUAUCGACUUGCUUGAGAGUAAUUGGCAGCCUGCCGUCUUCUCAAGCAAGGGGAACUUAUUUGAACAACAGAAUUGA